UCGGGCUCUGGAAGAAAAGAGGAGUUAGAGUCCCAGCACUGAGCCCAGACUCCUGGCGACAAAGCGGACCUGUGCAAGGAAAGGUUAAUAAGAAGGUCCCCCGAGUGGCUACAGAUGCGGCAGUGCUUUAACACAGCCGGCUGAAAACUCCCCGGCAUCAUGUCUUCCUUCCACAGGAACAGCAGCUACGAGGGGCGUGCUGACUACCCUGGCUAUUCAGGGCCUCGGAACCAUGAACAGAGCUAUUUGAAACCUCAGGAUUAUCUAGAAUUCCCAGCUUCUCUGGACAAUCCGGGCUUCCACCACCCCAGGAACAACCCGUAUUCUCCAGGCUCUAGAACAGAUCCAGACCACUCCAGCUCCCUAGCUGAACCAGAUUACCCCGGAUCCCCAAGUGACACAGAGUAUCACCGCACCAGGAGCCAUUCGUUCUCGGCACAUCCCAUACCAAAGCCAGACUAUGACGAGUCUUUCCCUGAGCCAGACUAUGACAAGUCUUUCCCUGAGCCAGACUAUGACGAGUCUUUCCCUGAGCCAGACUAUAAUGACUUCCCGAGAGAAUCAUAUGGCACAGACUUAUCCAAGGGACCUGACUACCCUGGCCCUCACCACCAUCCUAGUCUUGCCAGAGUCAGAAGCAGUGUGAACUAUACAGGUUCCAGAACUAAUCUAGGCUAUUUGGGAUCCCUGGAAGAACCAGACUACCCUGGAGCCCAGGGCCACUCUGACCAUCCGGACCCCAGAUCCCAUUCCAACCAGCCUGGCUCCAGAAGAGAUGUAGGUUACGAUGGAUCCAGAAUCAAUGCCUACCUAGAUACCUUGGGGGAUCCUGAUUACCCAGGUGCUGAGAAUCAACGAAGCGCUCCCCACUUUUAUGGAAAUCCAGACUAUCCUGGUGCUGAGGCAAGUCAUGGUUAUGGCUCUUCCCAGCCCCUGGGAGCCAUCAGGAGUGGCCCCUUUGGCGCACAAGGGAGAGAAAAUGAAGACUACCCCGAAAGCAUUGAAAUGGCAUCCAUGGAAAUGGCAGGUCCACAAGACCACUCUCUGCCAGGUGAUCCUAGAAAUGGCAACGUGAACACUGCAUAUGUGGAAGGAAGUAGUCCUGUCUGUGCAGUCAGAAACCUGCUGCUGUGUGAGCGUGAUUGGCACACAUCACUCCAAGGACAAAAACUAAUCGCAUCCCUGGUCCCCAUGACAUCUAGAGACAGAAUCAAAACCAUCAGGAACCAGCCAAGGACCAUGGAAGAGAAGAGACAGCUUAGAAAAAUAGUCGACAAAGAAAAGAGUAAACAGUCCCAUGGCAUCCUGGAGGUUAACUGCUGUGCUCAGUGUCUGAGCUCGCUUGCACUGGCCUACCGCAGAACCAAGAGCAGCCUCUCAGAGCUCAGUUCCAUCAGCUUGUGGCAGAAGAGAUUCAAGGUAAUCGGAGGCAAGUUUGGAACUAGCGUCCUGUCCUAUUUCAGCUUCCUGAGGUGGCUUCUGAAGUUUAACAUCUUCUCCUUCGUCAUGAACUUCAGCUUCAUCAUCAUCCCACAAUUCACCGUGGGUGAGAGGAACACCCUCCAGUUCACGGGCUUGGAGUUUUUCACAGGGGCGGGUUAUUUCAGGGACACGGUGAUGUACUAUGGCUUUUACACCAACUCUACCAUCCGGCAUGGGACAGGCAGAGCAUCUUACAAUAUGCAGCUGGCCUACAUCUUCACAAUCGGAGCCUGCCUGGUCGUCUGCUUCUUCAGUCUGCUCUUCAGCAUGGCCAAGUACUUCCGGAACAACUUCAUCAACCCCCACAUAUACUCCAGAGGGAUUGCAAAGCUCAUCUUUUGCUGGGACUUCACUGUCACCCAUGAAAAAGCUGUAAAGCUAAAACAGAAGAAUCUGAGCACCGAGAUCAGGGAGAACCUGUCUGAGAUCCGCCAGGAGAACGAAAGGCUCACGCUCAACCAGCAGCUGACUCACUUUUCUGCUCACAUAGCCGCCUGGCUCGUCUCUACCGGAGUGGGCGCAGCCUGCUGCCUAGCCGUAUACUAUCUGGCUGAGUAUAACUCUGAGUUCUUGAAGACGCACAGGAACCCUGGAGCGGUGCUGUUACUGCCGUUUGUUGUGUCCUGCAUCAACCUGGCCGUGCCUCGAUUCUACUCCAUGUUCCGUCUGGUGGAGCGGUAUGAGAUACCGAGACAGGAAGUCUAUGUCCUCCUGAUCCGAAACAUUCUACUGAAGAUCUCCAUUGUUGGGAUUCUUUGUUACUAUUGGCUCAACAUCGUGGCCCUGUCUGGUGAAGAGUGCUGGGAGACUCUCAUUGGCCAGGAUAUCUACCGCCUCCUUCUCAUGGACUUCGUGUUCUCUUUGGCCGAUUCCUUGCUGGGGGAGUUUCUGAGGAGGUUCAUUGGGAUGAGAUUCAUGACCAGUCUCAGCUUACAGGAGUUUGACAUUGCCAGGAAUGUUCUAGAACUGAUCUACGCACAAACUCUGGCCUGGCUUGGAAUUUUCUUCUGCCCUCUGCUGCCUUUUAUCCAAAUGAUCACUCUCUUCAUUAUGUUUUAUGUCAAAAAUAUCAGCCUGAUGAUGAACUUUCAGCCUCCAAGCAAGGCCUGGAGGGCCUCACAGAUGAUAACGUUCUUCAUCUUCUUGCUCUUCUUCCCGUCCUUCACGGGCGUGCUGUGCACCCUGGCCAUCACCAUCUGGAGAUUAAAACCUUCAGCUGACUGUGGCCCCUUCCGAGGUCUGCCUUCCUUCAUCCAGUCCAUCUACAGCUGGAUCGACUCCCUAAGCAGGAGGUCUGGCUACCUGUGGGUCGUCUGGAUCUACCAAAACCUCAUCGGCAGCGUGCACUUCUUCUUCAUCCUCACACUGAUUGUGUUAAUCAUCACCUAUCUUUACUGGCAGAUCACAGAGGGGAGGAAGGUCAUGAUCCGGCUGCUCCAUGAACAGAUCAUUAAUGAGGGCAAAGAUAAGAUGUUCUUGAUAGAAAAGUUGACCAAGCUACAGGAUGUGGAGAAGAGAGCCAACCCCAGUGCGCUUAUCCUGGAAAGGAGAGAGGUUGAGCAACAAAGCCCUUUACAUUUGGAGGAACUCAGUGAUGCUCCCGACCUGCGAUGGAGGCGGUCAGUGCAUGAAGAGAAUCCAAAAGCCUGAUGACUGUCGUGUGUAGAAGCCAGAUGCUGGUCAAAAAGGGAAAGAAGAUAAGCAUAAAUGGGACAGCCUCUGUGACAGUUGGGCUUCAGGAGCUUCUCAGGAGUAGAAUCCAAGCCUGAGGCAGACAGUAAUCUGACCCACAGUGCAAAUGGCUCUAUGAAACAGGACACACUUUACCUCCAACCUGGAUUGCUAUUUUUUUUUUCCAAAACAAAGUCCUUAGAAUUUUCCAAUUAAAACUUAAAAUAUUGAAAUUAUUCUACAAACACCUGGGAAGAGGUAAUUUGGGAAUGUUGCACUUUUAUCUUUAAGAAAUAUAUGUCUUCAUGAUGGGUCCUGUAGGACUCUCUCUUCCCAGACCUGGCAAAGGUUUAAAAACUGGUGCUAAAAAUAAUGGUCCAUAAUGAAUUAAAAAUGUGAUUCUCAAUCUGGGAUGCAAAUCCUCUGAAUGGUAUAACUUGUGUUUGUCUGUGAUUGUGAACUAGAAACAGCCCUGUAUCAUCUAAAGCUGAAAUAUAAUCAAAGGUCUUAUGGA